AUGGCAUCUUGCGAAGGAAAAAAUCCAGGACCUAUUUACGCACUUAGAACCGUUACGGGAUACGAAGGACAUUGUUAUUCUAAAAACAGAGCUCCAGCAUUUUCAUUAGGUUUAAAAUUAACAUCUAAACGUCCUCAUGUAACACCUGGACCUUAUUAUGUUGGUUCGGUUGAUAGAAAUGGUAAAGCUCCGUACCUUGGAUGGACGAUCGAAUCCAAAUCCAGAGGACACAAACAACAAGGAGGACCGAGUCCACUUUCUUAUUCACCUGAAAAAAUGAAAGUUUAUACUCCGGCAUAUAGUUUAGGAUUAAAAUUACCAGCUCGUGCUCAUCCAUUUGGUCCAACAACCAACACUGAUUUAUAUAAACAAAAAGCUCCAGCUUAUUCGCUAGGGUUAAAAGGAAGACCUUUGUUCGGUACUAUAGCAGGUCCUGGUCCAAAAUAUCAUCCUGGAAGAGCUGGUUUUCCAAAUCCUCAUGCUUAUUCUUUUGGACUUAAACAUAGUAAAUGUGCUCCACCUCUGAUAACUCCUCAAGAUAACGAAUGCUGA